AGCCUGUAAGCGCGCGGAGCACCUCCGUAGUCCGUACUCUACAGUCGGUGCCGUGCGCACGAGCAGUCGGCGGCCCGCACUCGACGGUGACGCAGCCUCGGCUUGAAGUACUUUGCAAGAAAGACGUGAUAGGAGCCAGGAUGAGGUGUUAUCUGCUGGUGCUGGCCUUGUUGGCCGUGACGAUAUGCUCCACGGAAGCUGUAUUGAAACGUCGGAAGCACCGCAGGUUGCGUACGACGACGACCACAGAGCCGUCUAUGCUGGCGGCGGCGCGCCUGUUCCCGCCCGCGGCCGGCACGCACCGCGGGGACGAAGCUGAGCACCUCGAGCUGGGCAUGGCGGAGCGCCUCGACGAAAAACGGUUCCAGGAGUCUGAGAGAGCUCGUGUUAAUGAAAUCAUGAAUGAGGUCGGUGACGAAAACAACGGAGGCAACGAAGUUUUCAUGGAAGAUCCGUGUCUGAAGGUGCACUGCAGCGCAGGGCGCGUGUGCGAGAUCGACGAGCACGGCGACGCGGUCUGCAACUGCAUCAAGGAAUGCCCCUACGAGACCGACUCCCGCCGAAAGGUGUGCACUCAUCACAAUGAGACAUGGCCGUCGGACUGCGACGUGUACCGCCAGCGCUGCCUGUGCCUCGACAACUCGGAGCUGUGCCGCGGCCCGCAAUAUCACCACGUUCAGAUCGAGUACUACGGCGCCUGCAGGGAGAUGCCGGAAUGUUUGGAGAGCGAGAUGUCUGACUUCCCGCGGCGCAUGCGCGACUGGCUGUUCAACAUCAUGCGUGACAUGGCGGAGCGUCGCGAGCUGUCGCCGCACUACCUGCACAUGGAGCGCGAGGCCGAGGCCAACCUCACGCGGCGCUGGACCAACGCCGCCAUCUGGAAGUGGUGCGACCUCGACGCGCACGACAACGACAGGUUCGUAUCGCGCCACGAGCUAUUCCCCAUCCGAGCGCCGCUGAUGUCGCUGGAGCACUGCAUCGCGCCCUUCCUCGACCGCUGCGACGAGGACGACGACCACCGCAUCACACUCGCCGAGUGGGGCAAGUGCCUGGAGCUCGAUGAGUACGAGCUUGAGGACCGCUGCGACGAGCUGACGGACGAGACCGCGUAGACCUGCGUGACGUCAUCGUACUUUACUAGCAUAAACUCGGUACUAUCACAUCUCGUGUGAAAGUGGAGACUUAGAUUUUAAUUCGUGUAUAAGUACUUAUUAUAAUAUCACAAAAUGUACUUCGAUAAAAGAUUUAAUUAAAAAUAUAUGUCAACGACUAAUGUUACUGAGCUAUUUACUUAACAAUAUACAAUGGUGCAUGUAACACUUCAGUAUGAAGUAAUGUUGCAUUUUUAAUUCACAGCGACUUGCAUCCCUCUUAGGUAACUAACAGACUACUUUACAGAUAAGCCGUACUGUGAUUUUCAACAAACAAUAAACUAUACAAUAAAGUAUUUGAAACUCAA